UGACCGUAAAACGAGAAGCGCCGGGAGCGCGCGCGCGCCAGCACUGACCUUUCUGCCAGCGGUCCUCACGUAGAAGACAGAAAGAAAAAGACACAGCAGAGAGAGAGAGAGAGAGAGAGAGAGAGAAAGACAGAGUGUGACAGAGGGAGACGGAGUGAGAGACAGAGACGGAGUGUGGUGUGUGUGUGUGAGAGAGAGAGAGAGAGAGAGAGAGAGAGAGAGAGAGAGCAUACGAAUAGAGGAAGCAUCACGCGUCGCGCUAACGAGACGGACUACAGGCUGGCGCGCGCACCGCACCACCGGUGAUGAGGAUUGUCGCGCGCCGGAUCGUGCAGAGAAACCGGGCUGUAUCGGAACCGGGGGCUCGCUGAGAGAAAAAAAGGAAGAGAGGAAAGCAGAGAAGAGGGGAGAACUGUCGCUUGGGGGAAGAAUGAACCUCUUCAGUGCCAUGUUCCUCCUGCUGAUGUUAGCCUCCCUGCCGUGUGAGGCCUUGUACCCAAGCCCGGAGGAAGGCUGGCAGAUCUACAGCUCAGCGCAGGAUGCAGAUGGGAAGUGUAUCUGCACGGUGGUGGCUCCGGCCCAGAACAUGUGUAACCGAGACCCACGCAGCCGGCAGCUCCGCCAACUCAUGGAGAAGGUCCAGAACAUUACCCAGUCUAUGGAAGUGCUGGAUUUAAGGACCUACCGGGAUUUACAGUACGUCAGGGACACGGAGAACUUGAUGAAAACAGUGGACGGCAAAUUGAAGACGGCUUCAGAGAACCCACGCAGCCUCAACCCCAAGAGCUUUCAGGACCUAAAGGACAAAGUGACUCAGCUGCUCCCCCUGUUGCCAGUGCUUGAGCAGUAUAAGACGGAUGCGCAGAUGAUCCUACGACUUCGAGAUGAAGUGAGGAACCUGUCGCUGGUGCUCAUGGCCAUCCAAGAGGAGAUGGGAGCCUAUGAUUACGAGGAGCUCCGGCAGAGAGUCCUCUUACUGGAGACACGCCUUCACUCCUGCAUGCAGAAGCUGGGCUGUGGGAAGCUAACAGGCGUCAGUAACCCCAUCACCAUCCGCGCCUCAGGCUCUAGGUUUGGUUCCUGGAUGACGGACACCAUGAUUCCCAGCUCUGAUAACAGGGUGUGGUCAAUGGACGGCUACUUCAAAGGCCGGCGUGUGCUCGAGUACCGCACCCUAAAUGACUUCAUGAAGGGUCAGAACUUCGUUCAGCACCUCCUGCCUCACCCCUGGGCCGGAACGGGUCACGUGGUCUACAACGGUUCCCUCUACUACAACAAGUACCAGAGCAACAUCCUGAUCAAGUACCACUUUCGCUCGCGCAGCGUCCUGGUGCAGAGAAGUCUGAGCGGCGCCGGGUACAACAACACCUUCCCGUACUCCUGGGGCGGCUCGUCCGAUAUCGACCUGAUGGCCGACGAGAGCGGGCUGUGGGUCGUGUACACCACCAUCGCCAACGCCGGCAACAUCGUCAUCAGCCGCCUGCAGCCAGAGAGCCUGGAAAUCCUUCAGACGUGGGACACGGGCUUCCCCAAGCGCAGCGCCGGCGAGUCCUUCAUGAUCUGCGGUACUCUCUACGUCACCAACUCGCAUCUCGCCGGCGCCAAGAUCUACUUCGCCUACUACACCAACACGUCCACCUACGAGUACACGGACAUCCCAUUCCAUAACCAGUACUCACACAUCUCCAUGAUGGACUACAACCCACGUGAGCGUGUGCUCUAUACCUGGAACAACGGCCACCAGGUGCUCUACAACGUCACGCUGUUCCAGGUCAUCAAGACCUCCGGGGACUGACGCUGUCGCUUAUACGUACACACACCUACACACACAUACACAAUACACAACACACCUGUGCAUUACAUAUUUACCAUACAAGUGUAUAUACAUAUAAACUGAUAAGAAGGACAUGACCAUGACUGGAGCUUAGACUUUUCUUUUUCUUUUUUUUAAUUUUCUUUUUAUUUUUUUUAACAUUUCAUAGAGUGCUAUUAUUCACAUAUGUACUGCGAAAAAGCCCACGGGCAGCAAGGUCGAUGCCGAUAUACGGACUGAGCUCUUGUUUUAUUUUAUUUUUUUUUGUGACAAGUGAGCAUGACACGUUUUUGAUUUGUGGCCAAAAAAAAAAGAAUAAACGUCUACCUUUACCAUUUCA